AUGUUACCAAAGUGUUCAGCGGCACGUGGACUACCGAAGGAUGUAACCACUACCGGUCCUCUAAAACGUCCUUCGUGUAGCAAAUAUGGCACAAGUGUCAACAAGCGUUCCAUUGGCUACUAUGAAACUUGGGCCAGCACAAGACCUUGCAGUGCAGUGGCGCUAGAGCAGCUCAACCUCCAGGGCCUAACACACAUCAACUUCGCGUCCAUGUUCUUUGAGCCGGACACUUUUGAACUCACACACAUGGAUAGGAAUGCUGGUUCGUUGAUUAGCCGCUUCACGAAACUCAAAGAGAGGAAGCCUGGACUGGAGACUUGGGUUAGUGUUGCCGGAAAGUAUCAGCAGGCUUUUAGCAUCAUAUCGAAUACUGCUGCCAACCGUAGAAAGUUUAUUAACAACUUGAUCAAGUUCAUGCAGACCUACGGGUUCGAUGGUAUGGAUAUGGACUGGGAAUACCCAAUCGCAGAUGACCGUGGCGGUAAGCCCGAAGACAAAGCAAACUUUGUUCUUCUCUCCAGGGACAUAUACAACGCCUUUGAAAAGGAGGGAUAUGGUUACUCCCUCACACUGCCCGCAUCAUACUGGUAUCUCCAGCAUUUCGAUCUUACAAAACUGCAGCCGUACGGCCACUGGUUCAAUCUUAUGUCGUCCUUUCUCAGGGAUAUGAGUACAUAUGUUGCAAUAACAUUUACAUCGAUGCCCCGCUGUUCGCGAGUAUCUGGUAUCCUGAAUCUCCAAGAGAUCUUUGACAUUAUCAACGACAAGAAACUCAAGCUGACACACGACAAAAAGGCUGGAUGGGUUUCCUACGACGAUGAUAAGACACUGAUGCAGAAGCGUGAGUUUAGAGUGUCUCGCUGCCUUGGGGGCAUGAUGAUUUGGGCUCUUCAUCAGAUAGAUCAGGAUACUCCAAUUGGAGGCAGUUUAUCGCCAGAAGAAAUGGAGGAAACAGAAGCCAUAUAUCAAGAUGCAGCUGCAAAGGGCGUCUGUUACACAAGCAUGUACGAUGAUAAAUGCCGCAACGGCGACUACGAAGCUGCGCAAAUGAGGGAGCAACCUGGCUUUUUGUCUACCAUGUCUCGUUGUUCCAAACAUCAGGUUCGUUGUUUUUGCUGCUCCAAAGGUGCCACUAUGGGAACCUGCAAAUGGCGAGGCUUCCGUGGCUUGGGACUUUCUUGCACAGGUGGUUGUCACGGCGAUGAAACUGAGGUUACUAUAAACACUAACUACGUCGAAAAGAACGAAGAUCAAACAUGUAUAGGAGGCACAAAGAGCUACUGCUGCUCUGGCUUUAAGCCUCCUAUUUCAAGAGAACAAGUUAGCGAAAAGAUCAAGGAUGAAGCAGCCGACCUUGCUCUUGCGGCUGCCGAAACUCUUGCAAUGGGAAUAGCAGCAAAGGCCUUUUGUCGUGUUGCAAUCAUGGCUGAGACGCUACCUCUACGUAUCAUUCCGUUUGUAGGCUGA